AUGCCACCAGAGAUAAUCUCUACGUUUUCAACUUCUUCGAAAAGCUACCUACCGUUCUAUUCCAGCAAUAUAACUCCAAAACAGCAGCGCGUCCAAGAGCAGUCUGCUAUAUAUAAGGGGAAGAACGUGAGAAAUAUUGGCUUAUCGGUCGAUCAUUACAGACUGAACCAGUUUGGAUCCAGACUUAGCAGUUACGACAUGAUCAAGUCAAAGCUCGUUAAGAUGUGUGAGCGGUUAACGAGGUCACCAAGACGGUACUACCACGUCCCCUCCGAGUUGGUGGAUACUUAUAUCGAACGGGUCGAGCUGUCACAAGAGCUCGAGGCGAAGUUACAAGUGUCACACGAAACAUCGGAAGUCUUAGAUGCGGUUCUGCUUCAAGGCCUAGGCGAUACUGUUAAGUCACAGUUGGCGCUACGCUACGCGGAAGAACACAGAGAUCGGUUCAGUCCUAUUCUCUGGCUUGAUGCGAAAGAUGAGGAGUCCAUGCGACAUAGUUUUAGGAGAUGCGCUCUAGAGCUCCAGGUCGAGCUUCCUAAGGACCAUAGCCCGGUCUUUGAAUAUCCUGCUGUACUGGCGGUAAAUUUCUGGCUUCACGACAGAAUAGAAUCUGAUGAGGAGUGGCUGGUGAUAGUUGACAACGCCAAUGACGUUAGUUGGGGCGUCCGGAAGAUCAUACCAAAGGGCAAACGCGGGAGUCUCAUCAUAACUAGUCAAGAUAACCGGAGCGUAUGA